GCAGACCAAUGAGGGCCCCAGAAGGGAAGGACUGGUCAUUUCCUCCCUGUGAUCUGCGCCCUCCCUUGGGGCUUAAAAACCACAGUCUGUGGGCAGGAAGGACCUUUGAUCAGUGGGGAUCCUGGGAGACCUGAACAUGACCUCUGUAUAUAGCACCCUGGAGUACCCUGACUAUGGCACUGCCACCCUGGACCCCAACAUGUCUGUGGAUGAGUCUCCCAGCGCCCCCCGGAAGUCUGUUUCCGACACGAUUGCCCUGGUAAUCUUCAUGACAGUCUUCCUGGUGGGAGUGCCAGGCAACACCCUGGUGGUCUGGGUGACGGGGUACGAGGUCCGGCGGACCAUCAAUGCCAUCUGGUUUCUCAACCUGGCAGUGGCCGAUCUCCUGUCCUGCCUGGCGCUGCCCAUCUUGUUUGCCUCCAUCAUUCAGUAUGGCCAGUGGCCCUUCGGCAGCGCCGCCUGCCGCAUCCUGCCCUCUCUCAUCCUGCUCAACAUGUAUGCCAGCAUCUUGCUCCUGGCCAUCAUCAGCGCUGACCGCUUUCUGCUGGUGUUUAAUCCCAUCUGGUGCCAGAACUACCGAGGGGCGUGGCUGGCCUGGGUGGCCUGCGGCGUGGCCUGGGGCAUGGCCCUGCUGCUGACCAUCCCCUCCUUCAUUUUCCGCCGGGUGAGCACGGAGUACUUUCCCCUCAGGAUGACCUGUGGCGUGGACUACGGCCCCAACGGGUUCCUGGUGGAGAGGGCCGUGGCCAUCCUGCGGCUGGUCGUGGGCUUCCUGUGGCCGCUGGUGACGCUCAGCAUCUGUUACACCUUCCUCCUGAUCCGGACCUGGAGCCGCAGCGCUACCCGCUCCACCAAGACGCUCAAGGUGGUGGUGGCGGUGGUGACGAGCUUCUUCAUCUUCUGGCUGCCCUACCAGGUGACGGGGAUGAUGCUGGCCUUGUUCUCCAAGAACACGGAAAUCUUCACCUCCGUGUCCAGUUUGGACUCCCUGUGCGUGGCCUUCGCUUACAUCAACUGCUGUAUAAACCCCAUCAUCUACGUGGUGGCAGCCCAGGGAUUCCACAGCCGCUUCCUCAAGUCCCUUCCGGCCACGCUCCGCCAGGUGCUGACCGAGGAGUCCCUGGGCAGGGACAGCAGGUCCUUCACCCUCUCCACGGUGGACACCCCAGCUGUGAAGAGCCAGGCGGUGUGAGGGGAGGGUCUUCCGGCCACCAUCUGCUCAGUGCUCCCCCUUUCCCGCCUGUCCCCUCGCUCUUGGCCUCUCUGACCCCAGCCCUUGGUGGGGUGCUGAUGUUUGAGUGAACACUCCUCCAUUCCCUUCCAUUUUUUUCCAGACUGGUCCUCCCUCGCUUUCAGGAUGAAUGGGUCCCUCUAGGGACCCUCAACUUUUCUUUCCAUCCGAGGGCUUUGGAAAACAAGCAGAAACCAGUAUUACCCCAGAGCACCCCCAAAGGGCGCCCUGUCUGUCUCUGCUGGGUGCAGGGGGAGCCCGUGAAUAGAACACAUUGGACCCAGAGAAAACAGACAAAUGGAAACUAUCUAACCUUUAAACAAUAGUGAUGUAUUUGUUUUACAGAGAGCUGGGGAAAGGAGCCUCUCAAAAGGUAUUCUUUUCAAGGACAAAGCAAAAUUCACUGGCUAAGCUUUUCUAAGUGAGCUGAUUUAAAGACAAGCAGAGAAUUAAAGUGUCACUUAAUUGGGUUUUGAGAAAAUGCAUGAAGUAAAAAGAUGUUACAUGGUUCUGGUGAAAAGCAGGUGUUGAGGAAGGCACGCUGGGAGGGGUUCGGAAACAUUGAUUGGGCACCUCGGGGGAAGAUGGUCACAGGGAGAUUGGACUUUUUACUUUGUAAACUGCUUUUUUGUGUGCACUUCUCAAAAAAAAAAAAAGAGAAGAAAUUUUUUUUUUUUUUAGAAAGAAAGAAACUUUGCUAUCACUGUAGAUUCACGUGCAGUUGUAAGUAAUGAUACAGAGGGAUCUUGUGUGCCCUUGACCUGCUUUACUAUGGGAACCUCUUGCAAAAUGACAUUACAAGAUCAGGACUGGGAUGUUGACAUUGAUACACUCGAGGGGCAGGGCAUUUUCAUCACCACUAGGAUCCCUGAUGAUGCCCUUUGUCAGUCACCCUCUUGUCCCUCCACCCUCCCAGCCCUGUCCUGGACCCCCUGGCAACCAUGAGUCCACUCUCCAAAUCUGCCCUUUCAAGGAAUGCUCUAUCAAUCAUGGAACUUUUUUUUUUUUUAAUUAUUUUUUAAAAUAUUUUUAUUUAUUUAUUUGAGAGAGAGAAUGAGAGAUAGCACGAGAGGGAAGAGGGUCAGAGGGAGAAGCAGACUCCCCACUGAGC